UCUGUCUACAUGGGGGAUAAUAUCAUCAAUUUCUAUGCCGGUCAACCUCCGCUGAACCGGGUAGCUUUCCAAAGACAAUCCACCGAUAAGCUAAACGCUCACCUCGCCUCUCCGCAAACCCGGAUUUUAGUGUUCAAGAAUGGAAGUCCUCUUGUUCGUAAAGGACAACCUGGCGCUUUGCUAUACUUAGAUCGAGACACACUCGCUCCCCUGAUCCAGUACGGAUACCUCGGCGCACCAGAGCAAGAAACCGAUCCCAAAAGAGCUAAAGCUUUUGAGGCAUAUAGACCACAAGGAUCGCCGGCAUUACUGUUUCUCGGGAUCGACGAUCGAGAAUCUAACGAAGAUCCGCAGAACCCAAAGGGAAUCCCAUACUUUGCUAUCAGUGUUGCAGAGGGGUUUGAACAUGACGAAGGAGAGUUUGUCGAGGCUCGUGUGAGCGGCGGAGAGAUGGAUGGAUGGACGGCAGGGGUGUACAGUGGGGCGAGGAGCGUCAUGGAUUGGAAUGCUAGGUACAAGUUCUGCCCGGGAUGCGGAAAACCAAAUUACUCUCUCUGGGGGGGAUGGAAACUCAAUUGCACAUCAUUUCUCUCUUCUGAAUCAGUCGAUCCUCCUUGUCCAUCAACCAAAGGUUUACAUAACUACGCGUAUCCUCGCACCGAUCCUGUCAUCAUCAUGGGCAUUCUCAGUUCUGACGGAGAGAAAAUACUUCUUGGUAGACAAAAAAGCUGGUCAGAGGGUAUGUACUCCUGUCUCGCUGGAUUUGUCGAACCUGGCGAAUCAUUCGAGGACGCUGUGCGAAGAGAGUCUCUCGAAGAAGCUGGUAUAGAAGUCGGACCUGUACGCUAUUCUUCCAGUCAGCCUUGGCCGUUCCCUAGUAGUCUCAUGGUGGGAUGUUAUGGGCGAGCUAAAGAUGGCCAGACUAUUCGUUUGGAUCUCGACGAUGAGCUACAAGACGCUCAAUGGUUUCCUCGAUCUCAGGUCCUCUCCAUUGUCGAGUCCGCAUCCUCCGUCCAUACUCGAGCAGACAUCAAGCAGUUGGAAAAGGCUAAACAAACACAUCACGAAAGCCUCAAAGCUCUAGCGCCUACCGAUAGCAAAUCUCCCGGAUCUGGUCCGGCUCUUGUGAGAGGAUUAACGAAAGUUCCUGCUGAGACAGCUAUAGCUGGUCAGUUGAUCCGUCUUUGGGCGAAAGGUGGUUUGGAUUUGGUCAGUAAGUUGUAGAGUUAUACAUAGUUAUUCGGUUG